GGAAGUGGUUCGGAGGCGGGAUCAACUGUGUUUGAGCUCUUCUGAGCAAGGUGUAAUUGUCAGCCUCAGCCCUCGAAGGGACAUGACGCGUUCUCAGUGGUGACUGCUUUCUGCUGUAAUGCUGCUCAGAUGUAGGGUGGACGUGAAGCUUGGCACGUCCUUCUGACCUUGUCACCAACCCCAGGAAUCUACCGUACUUUUUUACUAGCUCAGGACCUUGUAUGUAUGUGGUAGAUGCUUAAGAAGCAUUUGCUAAAGGACUGAUUUGAAAACUGACUCAUAAUGACACAGUGCAUUCCAAAGAACACAAGGAAAACUUGGCUCUCUCUGGGGAGUUGGCUGUGUAAGUGACGAGAGCUCAUGGACUGUAAGUUGCAAAAGAGUGCUCAGAGAACAGAGUCAUGGUGUGGCCGGGACAAGAAGGUUUCCCAGAGGACGGAGGUGAAGAUGGACUCUCUGAGAGCUUCCAGCUUCUGCAGAUGGAUGUGGGGUACGAGCACCAAGAGGAAGAGGCCCGCCCUGCAAACAGUGGGACAUGGUGCUCGAAAAAUGUGCAGAGAAAACAGAGACACUGGGAAAGGAUAGUCUCUUCAAAGAAGAGCAAAAGGAAGCAGGAAAAAGAAAGAAGAAAAGUCAAACGUGCAGAACACGCAGGUAACGAUAACUGCACCUGCCCCCAGCACAGCAAACGCUUUUUGAAAGCCUUAACCAAAGAGAGACUUUUGGAAGCCAAACACUCAGGACCAAGACUGUGUGUUGACUUGAGCAUGACCCACCAGAUGUCAAAGAAGGAAUUGAGCAGGCUGGCGGGACAGAUUCGAAGGUUGUAUGGUUCAAACAAAAAAGCCAGCAGGCCCUUUUGGAUCUGCCUCACUGGAUUCUCAACUGACAGUCCCCUCUAUGAAGAGUGUUUGAGGAUGAAUGAUGGAUUUUCUGCAUACUUGCUAGAUGUAACAGAAGAAGACUGCUUUAGUUUAUUUCCUCUGGAGACCCUUGUGUACCUGACUCCCGACUCAGAACAGGCCCUUGAAGACAUUGAUCAAAACACGGUUUACAUCAUUGGUGGACUUGUAGAUGAAAGCAUUCAGAAGAAGGUGACAUUUCAAAAAGCUCGAGACUGCUCUGUGAAGACAGCCCGCUUGCCGAUCCAGGAGUACAUGGUCAGGCGUCAGAAUGAGAAAAACUACCAUUCAGAAGUGCUGGCCAUCAACCAAGUGUUUGAUAUCCUGUCCACUUACUUUGAGACUCACAGCUGGCCUGAAGCAUUGAAGAAAGGAGUUUCUCCGGGAAAAGGCUACAUUCUUCGGAAUGCAAUGGAAUGAUGGGCAGUCCAAGAUUCCAGCUGUAGUGCUAAAGGACCAAAG